CGGGCGGGGAGGGUGGCGGUUGGCCGGAGGUCACUCGGCGCCGGGGCGCAGCAUGGCCGCGGCCGUCGUGCUCGGGGGACCGGCGGGCUGGUGGCGCUGGCACCGGCGGGUGCGUGCCGCUAGUGCGGCGAUGGUGUGUUCUAGGGCAAUGGCUUCCAAAACCCCUGUUGGAUUCAUUGGUCUCGGUAACAUGGGAAAUCCGAUGGCAAAAAACCUGAUAAAACACGGGUAUCCAGUUAUUGCAUAUGAUGUUUUCCCAGAAGCAUGCAAGGAAUUUCAAGACCUGGGUGCUCAGGUAACGGAUUCCCCAGCAGAUGUAGCUGAGAGAGCAGACAGAAUUAUUACCAUGCUGCCUUCAAGUCCCAAUGCAAUAGAAGUUUACACAGGAGCAAAUGGAAUUCUAAAGAAAGUGAAGAAAGGCUCAUUAUUAAUAGAUUCCAGUACUAUAGACCCUUCAGUUUCGAAAGAAUUAGCUAAAGCAGUUGAAAAAAUGGGAGCUGUCUUCAUGGACGCGCCAGUUUCUGGAGGUGUUGGAGCUGCUCGAGCUGGAAACCUUACUUUCAUGGUUGGUGGAGUGGAACAGGAAUUUGAUGCUGCCAAAGAGUUGCUAAUAUGCAUGGGAUCCAAUGUAGUCUACUGUGGAGAGGUUGGAACUGGACAGGCUGCAAAGAUUUGUAACAACAUGCUUUUGGCCAUAAGUAUGAUUGGAACUGCUGAGACUAUGAAUCUUGGAAUCAGAUUAGGGCUUGACCCAAAGCUGCUGGCCAAAAUUCUAAAUAUGAGCUCAGGUCGCUGUUGGUCAAGCGAUACGUACAACCCUGUUCCUGGAGUGAUGGAAGGAGUACCAUCUGCUAAUAAUUAUCAAGGUGGCUUUGGAACAACGCUCAUGGCUAAGGAUCUCGGCCUGGCCCAGAUUUCUGCCACCAACACGAAGACACCAGUUCCUUUGGGAUCCCAGGCACAUCAGAUCUACAGGAUGAUGUGUGCAAAAGGCUAUGCCCUGAAAGACUUCUCAGCUGUGUUCCAGUUUUUACGUGAGGAGGAAAGCUUGUGAGCAGUCCUUUGGCAAUGAAAACAGUCACAAAACACAUUAUUAUUGUUUUUUUAUCCUUACAGCUCAUGUAAGAAAUAUAUGGGUUUAAUGAAAUACUGUGCAUACUGAUCUCAUACAGACUAAUCAUCUUUGGUUGUCUAAAUCACAGCAAACUCCGGGACUUCAUCUAUCAUUGAUAAAGUGAGUCAGAGGAUGGGGUUGUUUGGCAACCAUCCAGCCAGUGAUUUCGUUUUAUAAGAACCAUCAAAAGUCUUUUUUUUCACUAGAUGCAAUAAAUAAAUAAAUAUUUUUUUAAAAAAUUAAACACUUAAUUGUUUGCAUAUAAAAUAAUUGACAUUAUGGCUGCAAACUUAGGUGAAUCUUGAACAGUAAAGUUAUACAGUGAUUUAAUGAUACAUAGCAAUCUAUCCAAAUUAAAAGUGAAUUCUGUAUGCAAAAAGGGAAGAGUUGUUUUUUUUUUUUUCCAAUGAAGAAACACAGCGUGAGAUGGAUUUUAUUAUUUUUUUCUUGGACCUACUAGCCUUGCAUUGAUAAGUAGUGAAUAUUUCCUGGGGUUCAGGUUGCAGAUAAAGUUUAUAGGCACAUGUUACUAAGUGGAGAGCUGUUACAGCAUGUUUGCCUGAUAGACUUAGUUAAAAUAACAUGGUAUGCGUGUCUCUCCUGUAAAACUCUGUUACUGUAUUUUGCUAACCCAGUUUUAUAUUUUCUUGUAUUCUGUCACACAUUUUCUGUCACACAUUUUCAGAGCCCAGAAACAGCACUUUCCAGAAGUUCUAACCAAGUGUGCAUUUGCUUUAGGCGACUACUGCAAUGCUAUAAACCUAAACAAACCCCAUUAUUUUGAAAAGAAAUAAAAAUCUAUGCUGGUAAAU